AUUAAUCCCCUAACUUCCACCGCAAUCUACUUCACUCUCUUUUCCGGAACCAUAAUUACACUUUUUAGCUCACAUUGACUUCUAGCUUGAAUAGGCUUAGAAAUAAGUAUACUAGCUAUUACCCCUAUUUUAAUCCAUAAAGGAAAUCCUCGGUCCACAGAAGCUGCAUGUAAAUAUUUUCUUAUCCAAGCAACCGCAUCAAUAAUCUUAAUAAUAGGUACAAUAAUUAAUUUUAUAGAUUCAGGCCAAUGAACCCUAUUUAACUCAUAUAAUCAAAUUUCAUCAUUUAUACUUACUAUUGCUCUCUCAAUAAAAAUAGGACUCGCCCCAUUUCAUCUAUGAGUUCCAGAAGUUACACAAGGAAUCCCACUCAAAUCAGGCUUAAUUGUAUUAACAUGACAAAAAAUUGCCCCAAUCUCUAUCGCAUACCAAAUUGCAUCUUCCAUAAACUCCACACUCAUACUAUUUAUAGGAACCCUAUCAAUCAUACUAGGAGGAUGAGGAGGACUUAACCAAACCCAACUACGAAAGAUCCUAGCAUAUUCAUCAAUCGCCCAUAUAGGAUGAAUAAUAGCAAUUAUUACAUAUAAUCCAGUCCUAACAAUAUUUAACCUAAUCAUCUAUCUUAUACUUACUAUUAACAUAUUUAUGCUUACCCUUUAUUAUAAAAAAACCACUACCCUAUCCUUAUCAAAUUUAUGAAAUAAAUUUCCUCUUAUAACACCCACAAUUUUAAUUGUACUAAUAUCAUUAGGAGGUUUACCUCCCCUAACAGGAUUUACACCAAAAUGAAUUAUUCUUAAAGAACUUAUUUCAAACAACAACGUUAUUAUCUCUACACUUAUAGCAAUAAUGGCACUCCUAAACCUAUACUUCUAUACUCGACUAAUCUAUUCAACAUCCCUAACCCUAUUUCCAUCAUUUAACAAUACCAAAAUAAAAUGACAGUUCGAAAAUGUAAAACUUACACCUCUCCUACCAGUCUUUAUCAUUAUUUCUAUCUUCUCCCUCCCAUUAAUACCCAUACUCUCACUCCUUAACU